UUAAAAAUUGCCUAUCUUGUUUUAUCUAUCAACCUUUGGGGAUAUUUGGGGGGGGUGAGUAUUCUGAGUAUUUCGAAGCAAAUCUCAGACAUCUCACCCAUAAAUCAAAUGGUACUAAUUAAAUGGUAUUUGACAUCCUACACACAAAUAGUCGUCUCUACUUUCAACCAUAUCAGCUAGGGUUUUGAGCAAGGAGGUUGAGACCCACUGGUAUGGUCCAGACCCCUAGUUUUAAUGACGAUAACUCCGGAGAACUGAGCUACCCAACGUUGGUGCUAGAGCGGGUACCAGGAAGAAGUCGGUCCUCCCGGCUGUCUGGUGAGUGACGGCCCAGGCUGGUGACCAUUUCCCAGGCCCCGUCCCUGGGAGGGGGAGGGGGACCCUCCACUAACUGCUGGCAGGAAGAAUCCCGGCUGUUCCCCAAGACACUUCGGGAAGCACAGACCGGGUGCGCGGCAGCGGGCCACGAAUGCAGCCGGGUACUGGGACGUGCAAGCCGCGGGCCUCUCUGAAGCGGUCAAAGAUCCUGCACAUGGCACUGAUGGGGACUUCCGACCCCUCCGGAGAGGCAGAGGCCAGCCACAAGAAGCCCUUUGUGCUGCGGGCACUGCAGAUCGCUCUGGUAGUCUCCCUCUACUGGGUCACGUCCAUCUCCAUGGUGUUCCUUAACAAGUACCUACUGGAUAGCCCCUCCCUACGGCUGGACACCCCCAUCUUCGUCACCUUCUACCAGUGCCUGGUGACCACGCUGCUGUGCAAGGGCCUCAGCUCACUGGCCACCUGCUGCCCUGGUACCAUGGACUUCCCCACCCUGCGCCUGGACCUCAGGGUGGCCCGAAGCGUCCUGCCCUUGUCGGUGGUCUUCAUUGGCAUGAUCACCUUCAAUAACCUCUGCCUGAAGUAUGUGGGUGUGGCCUUCUACAACGUGGGUCGCUCACUCACCACCGUCUUCAAUGUGCUGCUCUCCUACGUGCUGCUCAAGCAAACCACCUCCUUCUAUGCCUUGCUCACCUGCAGCAUCAUCAUUGGUGGCUUCUGGCUUGGUGUGGACCAGGAGGGCGCAGAGGGUACCCUGUCUUGGACGGGCACCCUUUUUGGCGUGCUCGCCAGCCUCUGCGUCUCACUCAACGCCAUCUACACCAAGAAGGUGCUCCCGGCGGUGGAUGGCAGCCUCUGGCGUCUGACCUUCUACAACAACGUCAACGCUUGCGUCCUCUUUCUGCCCCUACUCCUGCUGCUGGGGGAGCUCCCAGCCCUCUACAACUUCCCCCAGCUGGGCAGCACCCACUUCUGGGGCGUGAUGACGCUGGGCGGCCUGUUUGGCUUCGCCAUCGGCUAUGUAACAGGACUGCAGAUCAAGUUCACCAGUCCGCUGACCCACAACGUGUCCGGCACAGCCAAAGCCUGUGCCCAGACGGUGCUGGCCGUCCUCUACUACGAGGAGACGAAGAGCUUCCUCUGGUGGAUGAGCAACAUGAUGGUGCUGGGAGGCUCCUCCGCCUAUACCUGGGUCAGGGGCUGGGAGAUGAAAAAGAUUCAGGAGGAGCCCUGCCCCAAGGAGGACGAGAAGAGUAAAGUGGAGGUGUGAGCUUCUCCAGAGACCCUGCAAUGGCCCAGCCCAGCCCAGGGAGAAGGCCCAUGAAUGAAGUGAAGGUGUCUCUCUGGACCCAGAGACAGUGGCCUUACAGACCUGAUGGGAAUCUGGUGGUUGAAAUGGAACCAGUGUUUCCAAGUGAUGUCAGAAAGUUGCCAAACCUGUCUC